UUCUUGGAAGCUAAUAGACUCCACAGCAUAUAAGGAGUUGGAUAUGGAGCGGCGGAGUAAGAAGGCGACUCCACCUGCUUCCUUCACUGGUUAUACUGAAGCAGGGCAAUCGUUGGAUCUUCCUCUGCAAACUACUUGAAGAUUGGUAAUACUGUAAAGAGUAUAAUAUGAUUUUCAACUUGUGCUGCUUUGGUGCGAGGAAAAGGCCUCAUGGAGAUUUUGCUGAAAUUUCAAGUGAAAAGAAGCUUAGGCUUUUCUCUUACAAUGAACUGAAGUUGGCAACCCAAAACUUCUGCUUGAGCAAUAAGAUCGGCCAUGGGGGUUUUGGAAGUGUUUACAAGGGAGUUCUUAGAAAUGGCACAGCAGUAGCUGUGAAGGUCCUGUCUGCACAAUCAAAGCAAGGAGUGAAUGAAUUCUUGACCGAGAUUGAUGUGAUCACAACUAUCAAUCAUCCAAAUCUCGUUCGUUUAGUCGGCUGUUGUGUGCAAGACACGAACCGAAUUUUGGUUUAUGAGUAUGUGGAAAAUAAAAGCCUUGAUCAUGCAUUGUUAGGUUUGAAUAGUGAAAAAUAUAAAUUGAAUUGGGACAAAAGAGCUGCAAUUUGUAUUGGAAUUGCUAAAGGUCUCUCAUAUCUCCAUGAAGGAGCCGGAUUACAAAUAGUCCACAGAGACAUUAAAGCAAGCAACAUUCUUCUUGAUAAGAAUUUUCUUCCUAAAAUUGGUGACUUUGGUCUGGCCAAGCUAUUUCCUGAUAAUGUUAGUCAUAUCGUCACGCGUGUUGCUGGAACAACUGGUUAUUUGGCUCCUGAGUAUGCAAUGCGAGGACAAUUAACCAAGAAAGCUGAUACAUAUAGUUUUGGUGUGCUUAUACUCGAGAUUAUAAGUGGAAAGAGUAGUUCCAAGCCUUAUUUGUAUGGGAAUGAUAAGCUUCUGCUGGAAUGGACAUGGGAGCUAUAUGAACUAGAAAAUCUUUCAGAGUUAAUUGAUCCGGUUCUCGGACAUUACCCUCAAGAAGAGGUCCUCAGAUAUAUCAAAGUUGCUCUGUUCUGCACCCAAGCUGCAGCAGGAAGAAGACCUUCCAUGUCUCAAGUCUUACAAAUGCUAUGUAAACCUGUAAGACUCAAAGAGAAAGAAAUAACAAAGCCUGGACUAAUCCCAGAACUAAAAUCCAAUUCUUCUACAUCUCCAGUUUCCAUUCCUCGGUUCACUUUUAGUCCUCUUACUUUCACUGAAAUGUUUCCAAGGUGAUUUCUUACAGUGUCUUCCAAUAUGAGUUGGGAAAUGCAGUUUUGUCAGCCAUAUAAUUAUAUAUUUUGUUCCGUUAUGGGCCCUCUUUAAGUUUUACAGCUAUGUAUAUAAAGAUCAAUAAGAAAGGAUAUUUUCAGAAAGUUGUUUUGAUGCCUAUAGAUUUUUGGUUGAAUUGUUUCUGGCUAAACAACAAGAGGUCAGGCUCAAAUC